CCCCGAGCAUCGUUGAUCUCUUCGGACUCGAGUCGAUCAGUCGGUCCUCGGACGCUGCGAGGAAAGCAACUUUCCGCUUGGCGCUUCGUCUUUUGAGUGUACCUUAAUCGUGUGAGCAGAAUCAAAGUUUGAUAUCGCGGGACAUUUAUCUCGAAUCAACGAGAAGAUCGUGGUCAGAAUACUUGACAGGUGAAAAUAUUAAUGUUCGAGUCGAGAACGGCAUCAACGAUCGAUGCUUAAUGCAAAGAUGAGACGAGUUUGUUGGACAAUUUUAUCGUUGCUUAUUGCCGGUGCGAUGGCACAGAUCAACCUAAGGACCAUCUACUCGUGGAAGACGUUGGAAUUUUUGUUUCCGAACGAAUUCGUAAAAGAAGUAGCCAUUCGGAGCGGAAGUUACGUAGCCGGUGUCGGGGUGCCUAUCGACGUUGACGUCUAUAACGGAGUUUAUCGAAGGUUUGGACUCGAAAGUGUUCGUUACGAUUCCAAGAUUUCAAAAAGGCGUACCGGUCACUUUGGGCAGUGUUACCGACCGGGUGUCAGCGGCCGGAAAUCCCGUAAUUGCACCAUUUCCGAACUGGGAGUACAACGUCGCAGGAAACUGCGAUAUGUUCACCAGCGUUUUCAGAAUACAGACCAGUGCGACCGUUUGUGGGUGAUCGACACGGGAGUAUUGGAAGAAACAAGAAUCUGUCCACCGCGAUUACACGUGUUUUCUUUGAAGAAAAAUACGUUGCUCGCUCGUUACACGUUUCCUCCUGAUCAAUUUAAAGCGGACUCGCUAUUCGUUACCGUGGCAGUCGAUGUUCGAAACGCGGAUCACGAAUGCAAAGACACGUUUGCUUAUAUCGCCGAUGUGUCUGGAUUCGCGUUGAUAGUAUACGAUUAUCGUAAUUCGCGAUCCUGGAAGAUCGGCAACAAUCUGUUCUAUCCUUAUCCACCGUACGGUACAUUCCACAUAAAGGAUGACACGUUCGAUCUUAUGGAUGGCAUCAUCGGUUUAGCGUUGGGUCCACUACGAAAUAACGACAGGAUUCUUUAUUUUCAUUCGUUGGCCAGCAGAGUCGAGUCAUGGGUACCUACCUCUGUGAUCAGAAAUUACACGCUGUUCGCUGAGAAUUCGGAGGCUGCGCCGAGGUCAUUCGUUGCAUUUGACCAGGAACGAUCUUCGCAAUCGGCAGCCGAGGCCAUGGACGAUAACGGAGUGCUUUUCUUUGGUCUAAUGUCCGAACUGGCGAUCGGUUGUUGGAACAGCAGACAUUAUCCGAAUUUUGGAGGCAGCAAUAACGAGAAACUUAUCGUCGAUUCGGAGACGUUGCAAUUCCCGUCGGGUUUGAAGAUAAUUAGCUCGAAGAAAGGCAAAGAAGAAUUGUGGGUCCUCUCGGCAUCUUUCCAGAAAUUCAUGAGCGGUUCGUUGAACAAGAACGAGAUCAAUUUCCGAAUUCAAGCUGGUUUCGUGAACGAAUUGGUUCACGGUACGAAAUGCGACGUCACUGCCAUGGAGGGUAAAGCUUUUCGCUUUUCCAAAUGAAUAUCCCAGCACCGCGAGCACUUUUUUAACUUCGAUUACCAACAUUUCUGGCAUUCUCGUUGGUAUUCGUUUUUUCCUAAAAGAACCAAUAAAAAUUACUUCGGCUCGUUUCGUGAGUCCGACUACUUUAAAUAUUGAAAUGAAAUUAUGCUCGCGGUGCUGAAUCGUAUUUUCGAAAUGUUCGCCCGUAUCUCCGUGGAUCGAUUUAUUUAUUGCUACGCGUCAAUAAUUUAUUAACGAAAUAAUUUUAAGUGUAUAUUAUUCGCCGAUUAGCUCCGAGUUCCUAUUAAACAGCUAUUUAAUAGAGCGGUAUUAUAAUUGUAGAGUGUUAUAAUUUAUUCGUUGAAACGACACUGCGAGUCGUGUUUGUUAGGAAUACUUGAAAUAUUCGUCGAUGUAAAUAAAUGUUUUGAUAUUUUA